AUGAUCGUCUUGGAUAUAUCGAGACCAGGGCUACCGAAAUUCGUUGGAUUGAAAAGAAGCCAGCAGAAGACGUGUAUUGAUAUUCCUUUACGUUUCUGGGUUACAUAUGUCUGGAUUCGGAUUUCAAGAUUCACUUGGGGUCACCUUCGGCUUGGGAAACUUCUUGUUCUUCUCCUGCUCUAUGCAGUGAAAUUCAAUACUUUCCGUUACGCACAUUUUUUCUUCCUGGGGUUGCGUUUGCUCGAGCCGAUGCACCUGAAGGUCAGUCAGGAUGCCAGAGAAAAGAGUCACGUCAAUGCCGGCGCCCAGGACCAUGCUCUAUUCGAAGUCGUAAAAUCUGUGUUCUGGUGUACCGGAUGGGCCCUCGUUUGUCCAGUCACAGCCUGGCUUGAUAUGGGCCUUGUGUUUGCAUUAGCAGAGCUCUCCGAUCUCCACCACCUGCUACAGUCACGUGCUCUCUACCCUGCUCAAUCAGUUUCGUCAGCACUUUGGCAAAGGAGACCUCACUUGCUGACCUUGCUAGACUUACCCGGCAAAGAAGCAGCCAAUAGGAUGACUACAUCGCAACCGGCUAAAAGGAAUUGUGGUUGUAUCGUUGGCCAGUCGAAUUUGGGUAGUGGGUCCAUUACUUUGAUUUCAUCGUUAGCUGCCCAAGUACAUGAUGGCCUUGUCUACGAUUUGCCACUAUGGCGAAUUGCUAUAACAGCCCUGCAACUUGAGAAUUCAACAGUUGUUGCGAGUUUUCCGAAGGGAUCUCCUAGGCCACUCAAGAAAAGAAUCCAGUAUAAUCUCCACACCUCCUCUCUUCCCUCUUCCACGCCAUACGGCCACGCGAACAUAAAAAUAUGCAUCUGCAUCUCCCACCCCAUCCCCUCCCACAAUAUGCAUCUGCUCCUAAAAUAUCACACCGGCCUGUCACCCACUAUGAUAAUUGAUAUUUUGCCAGCAGGGAGAUAUCCCGGGCUCUGCUCUUGCGUGGAUUUAAUUCACGAGGAUGUGAGGAAGGAGUCUAGGCGGAGGGUAUGGCCAUUAGAGAGCCACGGCGCAAAGCCCAGUCUUGAGCUCUUCCUCGCCGCCACCGCCACCGCUCCCCUCCCCCCUCCUCAUCUUCUAGCACCCCGCAAAACACAUCCCUCUCCCCCUUUUCCCCCUGCAUCCCUCAGAACGGCCGUGUACCACCUCCCCAGCCACGGCACCGUCACCUCCGCCUCGCCGCAUUCGCUAGCGCCAGUAGAUAACUCACCACACUCACCGCUGUGUCCUCUAUCUCCCAUCCUAACUUCUCACAAAGCUGCCAAAUGCUCAGAACUAGAUACCCGCUUCUCUACGGCUUGUUUUAUAGUGUUAUAG